GGGAGAGUGAGAGAGCUGACAAAUGGACAGAGGAAGAUGAAGCUGGACAAGCAGUUUGUAUCCAAUGUUAGGAAAGCCAUUCGAAUCCGAAACGAAUACCUGCGAGAGGCUCUGGCUGAGGUACUCGGCACCUUUGUCAUGAUGGUUUUCGGUCUGGGCUCGGUAGCCCAGGUGGUCAUGGGAGGUGGUUCCUAUGGUGACUACUUCAGUAUAAACUUGGGCUUUGGCCUCGGGGUCACCAUGGGCAUUCACAUUGCUGGGGGCGUCUCAGGGGCUCACAUGAACACUGCAGUCACCUUCUCCAUGUGUGUGCUGGGGAGCCUGAGCUGGAGGAAGCUGCCCGUCUACGCUGCUGCCCAGUUCCUCGGCUCCUUUAUGGCUGCGGUCACUGUCUUCUGGGUCUACUAUGAUGCUCUGUUUGUGUUCUGCGGAGGGAACUUCACAGUGACGGGCCCGAGAGCAACUGCUGGGAUCUUUGCUACGUACCCGGCGCCAUACCUCUCAGUGGGAGGAGGCUUUCUGGACCAGGUGCUGGGCACUGCCUUGCUGCUGCUGUGUAUCCUGGCACUGAAUGACCGCAGGAACAGCCCGGCGCUCAGCGGCACGGAGCCUCUGCUCAUCGGCCUCCUCGUGGUGGUGAUUGGCAUCUCUCUGGGCAGCAACAGCGGGUACGCCAUCAACCCCGCCCGCGACCUUCCCCCGCGCUUCUUCACCGCCAUGGCAGGCUGGGGUCCUGACGUCUUCAGUGCUGGUAACGGCUGGUGGUGGAUCCCUGUGGUGGCUCCCAUGGUUGGCAGUGUGACUGGCUCUCUGCUCUACAAACUCUUCAUCGAGUAUCACCACCUGGCUGAAGAGCAUCAAGAAGAGGGGCUGGGGGGAGGCUGCUCUGAUCAAAAACACUGCCUCUGCUUUUAACACAUCCUUGUGCGGGGACUGUACCAGAGACACUGCCUCUGCUUUUAACACAUCCCUGUGCGGGGACUGUGCCAGAGACACUGCCUUUGCUUUUAACACAUCCCUGUGCGGGGACUGUGCCAGAGACACUGCCUUCGCUUUUAACACACCCCUGUGCGGGGACUGUGCAGAGACACUGCCUCCGCUUUUAACACACCCCUGUGCGGGGACUGUGCCGGAGACACUGCCUCCGCUUUUAACACACCCCUGUGCGGGGACUGUGCCAGAGACACUGCCUCCGCUUUUAACACACCCCUGUGCGGGGACUGUGCCAGAGACACUGCCUCCGCUUUUAACACAUCCUUGUGCGGGGACUGUGCCAGAGACACUGCCUCCGCUUUUAACACAUCCCUGUGCGGGGACUGUGCCAGAGACACUGCCUCCGCUUUUAACACACCCCUGUGCUGGGACUGUGCCAGAGACACUGCCUCCGCUUUUAACACACCCCUGUGCGGGGACUGUGCAGAGACACUGCCUCCGCUUUUAACACACCCCUGUGCGGGGACUGUGCCAGAGACACUGCCUCCGCUUUUAACACACCCCUGUGCUGGGACUGUGCCAGAGACACUGCCUCCGCUUUUAACACAACCCUGUGCAGGGACUGUGCAGAGACACUGCCUCCGCUUUUAACACAUCCUUGUGCGGGGACUGUGCCAGAGACACUGCCUUUGCUUUUAACACACCCCUGUGCGGGGACUGUACCAGAGACACUGCCUUUGCUUUUAACACACCCCUGUGCGGGGACUGUACCAGAGACACUGCCUUUGCUUUUAACACAUCCCUGUGCGGGGACUGUGCCAGAGACACUGCCUUCGCUUUUAACACACCCCUGUGCGGGGACUGUGCAGAGACACUGCCUCCGCUUUUAACACACCCCUGUGCGGGGACUGUGCCAGAGACACUGGCCCCUCCAACUUAACUUUUGUUAAAUAUAUACACCAGGGAUGGUAGUCUCUGUUAAAUUUCCUAAACAUUUAAACUUCAAAAUAUUAGGCAUUUUGUAACCAAAAACUUCAGUGUUGAUACAUUUUUAUGAUAGAACAGGUGUUCCUUUCUUACCUGAGGCCCACCUGUUCAGCUGCAUUAGGCACUGUGGUCACUAUUAGC